UGGGUGGAAGAAAGAUGCCGGCCAGGUUGGGGCUACUGCACACGGUGUGUGACCAAGAGAACCUCGGCCACUCGUCUCCUUGACCCCUGUAGUCUGUAGAUAGAUACUUUGUCCCCUGAAACAGAUCAGGGUGGUGGUGUGCAGCUCGCUUGCCAAGAGAUCGAUGGCCGCAUUGUUUGCAUCCAGGGCCGUGAAAUCAGCACUAGACAAUCUCUCCUCCCUGCUGCCGCCGGCGGCCGCGAGCCAGGGCCUGGAGGAUCUUCGGACGCUGGAGAGGACCAUGCGCAGGAUCCACGCGACGCUGCAGGACGCGGAGCGGCACUGGAACCUCCGCGAGGAAUCCGCCAAGCUGCGGCUCAAGGAGCUCAAGGACCUGGCGUACGACGCGGAGGAGUUGGUCGAGGAGUACGAAUACGAGGUGAACCGCUGCCGCGUCGAGGCUCCCCGGCGGCCUGCGGCCUGCCUUCAUGGCGGCGCCAGCAGCAGCAAGCGCAAGCGCCAAGAGGUACUCGAGGCCGACCACUGCUCUAAUGAAGCUAGCAUAGUUGCAGUUCCAACUGAGUUAUCCGUUAGAGCAAGGAAAGUUUUAGAGAGAUUUACCGAGAUCGAAGACUACUUUGGUACUUUUGGCCUGUCAGAGAACGAUGGGGAGCGAAAAUUUGUUCCAGAGAUCCGCAGCCUGCGACAGACUAGCUCUGUCGUACAUGCCCCAAGAAUUCUAGGAAGAGAGAAAGAUAAGGAGAAUGUUAUCGAAGCAUUGAUGAUGAAUUCCGGGGAAGGCAGCUGUUUUGGAAGUCAUAUGUCUGUCUUGCCCAUUGUUGGUAUGGGAGGAUCGGGCAAAACAACAUUAGCGCAGCUUGUGUACAAUGACAAAAGGGUGCGACAUUCGUUUGACCUUCGUGCAUGGGUCUGCGUGUCGGAGUAUUUCGAUGUGGAGAACAUUACACGAAAGAUCAUUACUUCACUCACCCAGAACACCUGUCACCAUAUACAGACCGGUUCGCUGCAGGGGGCAUUGGAAGACCAGGUUAAGGAGAAGAGGGUUUUCCUUGUUUUGGAUGAUGUAUGGAAUGAGCGAAGUGAUUACUGGGAAUUGUUAUGUCAGCCAAUGCUGGCAUCUAGGAGAUGCAACAUUAUAGUAACCACACGAAGCAAGGCAGUAACAAGAUUGGUGCAAACAAUACCAUUCUACAACCUAAACUGUUUAGGCCCUGACGAUAGCUGGUCAUUGUUCAAGCAAACAGCAUUUGUCCAGCAAGAAAUUGUUACUGCAUCGAGCAUGCUAGAGAUUGGCAGAAGCAUUACUGAAAAGUGCAAGGGAUUACCUUUGGCAAUUAAGACUUUAGCUAGCAUAUUGCGCAACGAAAGUGAUGAAAUGAAAUGGAGAGAUGUAUUAGAAAGUGAGUUAUGGGACUUAAAGCAAUCAAAAAAUGAGGUUUUGCCAGCCUUGGAGUUGAGCUACAGGUACAUGCCCAUGCACUUGAAAUGUUGCUUUGUUUCCCUUUCUCUACAUCGAAAAGGUAUGUACCUUGAUGAAAACAGGGUGGUUUGGUUGUGGAAAUUACUUGGUCUACUUGAGUCUGAUGGAAGUGACAACAGGGAUGAAAUUGGAAGUUUAUAUUUCAAUGAAUUAGUCCAGCGGUCACUGCUUCAAAAUUAUAUCGAGGAACAGACGGUCAUGCAUGACCUUGUCCACGAUCUUGCAUGCUUUCUUGCUGGGGAAGAGUUUUUCAGACUUGAGGGAAAUAAACCAAUUGACAUUCCACCGGAUACACGGUAUAUAUCAAUAUUAUCAGGAGAUAAAAGUAUUCAAGUAUCAAAUAUGUCCCGAUCACUAAGAGUUAUCGCAAUGAUAGAGACUUCUGAUGUCGAAAAUCCAGAUGUACUGUUUCUGAACUGUAAGAAGCUUCGGAUCAUUGACAUCGAGCAGGGCAGACUUGGGAAAGCAUUACUUGAUUUCAUGGGUGGCAUGAAACUACUUCACCAUCUCUCACUUUCCGGAUAUGAAGAUGCAACCCUCCCUAGUUCUGUCUUCCAGCUGUUGAAUUUGCAGACCCUGGACAUUGAAGCACAUAUGCUAAAUGGAAUUGGGCGUCUGGUUAACUUGAAUACAUUGCCUGAUAUACAUCUCAGCAAAUGUGGUUGCUUAUUUAACAUAGGAGAGCUGAGGAAUAUGAACAAAAUAAGGAAGCUAUUUAUGACUGGACUGUGUAAUAUGACUAUCAGAGAUGCAUACGAAGCUCAUUUGCAUAGUAAAAAGAAUCUCGAGAUACUAGAAUUAGACUUCAAUGCAUGGAAAAGUUGUGAACACACACAGAGAUCUGAUGGUAAUCAAGCUACUGUGGCAGUAUCUGGUAUCGAACUACUGGAGAGCUUCCGGCCACAUCAUCAAAGCCUUAAAGUACUGAGGUUAAGGAACUUUAAUUUUGAUAUAGUAUAUCCCAGUUGGCUGGGUAGUGCUUCAUUUUCCAUGUUAACCGAAUUACUGUUACAUAAUUGUCAAUCGGAGCACUGUCCAACACUUGGUGAGCUACCAUCCCUCAACUCCCUUAAGAUAUUAGGUAUGAAGAAAGUAGUGCAAAUAGGACGAGAGUUUUGCAGCCUUAAUCCAAAAGUAAAAGGGUUUUGCUCAUUAGCACGCUUGACUAUCGAAGACAUGUAUCAGUUGCAACAGUGGUGUGGAGUUGAGGAUGGUGACUUCCCACGUCUGGAAACCCUUACACUCUGGAGUGACUUCGAACUGAGGUCUCUUCCACUGGUGCCAUUCUCAUCCUUGCAAAAUUUGACCCUGUAUGAUUGCAGAAGUCUGGCAACAUUUCCGCCGUCAGCUACCCUGCGUGAAUUAAACAUCUCGACAUGUCCGAGCCUGAAUGAACUGCCGGCCCUCCCAUCACUUUGGUCACUUGAGCUGUCCCAUUGUCCAAGCCUGGUCACCUUUGGUCACUUCCCCUCCCUCGCCAUCCUGCAUCUGAAUGAACCAUUCAAAGAGGAGGUACUUUAUCGAUUGGUGAAUUCCCACUUAUCGCUUGAACGCUUAUCGGUUUGGUCUGAUACUUUGAUGUCGAUCCAUCUUGAGCCCCAAAGCCUGCCUUGGCUUGAAGAGCUCGAGUUGCGUGGCCGCAAUUUACAGUACUGCGGCAAACUUACCAGCCUUACUUCCCUCAAGAAACUAAAUGUUUGUGGUUCUCCGAGAUUUCACGUGCCUGAUUCUCUCCGAACUCAACUGGAGGAGCUGAUUGAUCUCAAAUCACUGGAAUAAUCAUGGUGAUAGUGAUACAUAUAUUAACCUGCAACGUGAUGGAGGUGCAACGACGACAUGGAGAUGCUGGAAGGCAAGAACCGCGUUCGGCAAGGAGGCAAGCUCGGCGGCAGGGACAAGGUGUGAGGAGGAGCCGCGUGUGGCAAGUUGGUGAGCUGGCCGAGGGGGCUCGCGGGAGGCCGGGCGACACGUAUAACAUAAAGUGGGGCUCAUGUAAUUUACUGUUUAAUUUCUAUAACCAGGGUUCUAGUGUGAUGGUUGUUACAAUAAAAGAUUUGGAAUUAUUGGGUUUAAAUGCCCUCAUCUCCCUUUAUAAUCGAAUAGCAUGUGUAUGUAUAAAAGAAAAUCAUGGCAUAAUCAAUAUGUGGUUGAUGAAACUUA